AUGCCUCUCCAUCUACUCGGCAAGAAAUCAUGGAACGUGUACAAUGCCGACAACAUCGCCCGCGUGCGCCGCGACGAGGCAGCAGCACAGGCAGCCGAGGAGGCCGAGGAGCAGCGCAUGCAAGAAGUUGAUGCGCAGAGACGCCUAUCGAUACUGCGAGGUGAGAUACCGCCGCCACUGCCGGAAACGGAGGAGAAGCCGCCAGUGGUCGAGGCUGUCGAGAGGCGCGAAGCACGCGGAGGUCAGCGGAAGCGCAAAAGACCAGGCGAAGACGAUACGGAUUUCGAGCUACGUAUAGCCAACGAGCGCUACGAGUCUAGACCCGACGAGGAUGUCGACCUCAAGCACAAGACCAGCUCCGCGCCGAUAACCGACCACGCAGGUCACAUUGAUCUCUUUGGCGAUGAGCGGGCGAGAGGUCGGGCUGAAGGCAAUGAGGAGGCUGAAAAAGAGGCCAAGAAGAAGAAGCAAGAGUUGGAGGACCAGUAUACCAUGCGCUUCGCGAAUGCUGCGGGAAGGGAUGGUGUGCAGAAGCCAUGGUACUCCAAUGCCGGUGACGGCGGUACAGACGCUCCCCCGAAGAACGUGUGGGGUAAAGACGACCCUCAACGUCGAGAGCGCGAUGCUCAGCGUACAGUGUCGAAUGACCCCCUCGCCAUGAUGAGGCUCGGGGCAUCCAAGGCGCGUCAAGUGAACCAGGAGCGAAAGCGCGUGCAAGAGGAGCGAGACGCCGAGCUGCGACGAUUGCGGCGAGAGCAAGAGCACGCCGAGAGGCGAGACGUCACCAUGACCGACAGCAUCACCAUCACCGGCGGCAUAGGUCGCGCUCGCCGAGAGGAGGCUCAACUCGAGCGAGAUCCAGAGAAAACGACGAUGCCAGACGCCGUAGCAGUGGCUAGUUUGCACACGUUAUAA